ACACUACACAUUUGAUAAAAACAGAUACUGUGCAUAUAACCUGGAAUUCUGAGUUAAUUUCACAAUGAAUGUACAAUCAUAUAACAGUACGCAUGCACUGUUUCUAUUGUGAACUCUAUAAACUUGAUUAGAACAUCUGUGAUUGCAUACUGAUCUCUAUCAUAUUGGAGGGAAGACUAAAUUAAAGGUACAAUCCAUUGUUGACUUUUUAUUGCCAGACUCUGCGGUUCUUUAAAGGGGAGGUAAAGGCGCCAUUAUCCUUGCGAAGGACCCUUUGUGAUCUCGUGCUUUACCUCAAGAUUUCCCCCCCCGUUGUGAUGACUGUCCUCACCUUGUGAUAUUAUCUGACGCAUGUACAUCUAUUUAUUUUAUGCAUUUCCCAACGCCGAUAAAAUGAAAUAUAUUCUGUUGUAAAACAAAAAAUAAAAGUGAAUAGAUUUUUCGUCAGGCUAUCUUCAAGGUCACCCGAUUUACUCCAAAUGCAUUCUGGUACUGUCCCUUCUCUUGUUUCGGGAGACCCGCCGCUAAAGCAAAACCGGUAAGGAUAAACUGGUGAGAGCAAUUAAAGGGGAAAUGUUAUACGAAUAUAACUCUGGUUCAGCCCAAUAAAUGCAAAGGGGGGGUAUUUUAAAUAUAUUUAAUGCAGCAUAUGAUUACAAACUGUGUGCCAAUUGCAUGUAUUUCGCUAUUUUAUUGUUACAAAGUCUGUUGUAGCACGUCUCGCAUGGCGCUGUACAGGAAGGGGUUAAUUUUUUCCACCGCCGACAUUUUUAUGCACUGCUUUCCCGGUUACUUCGAAACAUAAAAUGCUAUUUUUCGUUCUGGUUUCGAUUAUUUAAAUUAUUAAGAAUACAGUAUUGUUUUUAUCCGCUUUUUAACUAUUGUAUGAAGCCCGUUUAGUCACACAAACGAUGUCCCACUUGAUUAAUAGUUAGCACAUCAGCUAGCUAAACUCAUUGAUUAGCAAACAGGCUAUUACUUAGCUAACGUUAGCUCUCUGGCAGGCUACAAUCAUGCAGCUGCAUGACAGGAAAAGCUCACAAUUAUUGAUAACAGAUUGUUUUAUUGUCUGUAGAUAGUUAAUUGAUUAAUAUUGGUCACUUAUGACUGCCGAAAUUGAGUUGGCUGAAAAUGUCUGGUGCAUGAUUUAAUUUGAGCUGGCGCACACUAGCUCAACUUCACAUCCUCCUCGCACUGUUUCAGGAGCGUCAAAAACGCCCCUCUCAAAGUCUAACUAGGACCCCAAGCGCAACAAUUUAGCCGGAGCCAUGAUAAAAUACAGGAUCACACAGUGACGCAAGUUAGCCUGCAGCUGGGAUAAUAUAAUAUUUAAUGUAUUCUAUUUUUGUUUUUAUUUAGCCAUCAAAUUACAUGACCAGAUCGACUAGUUAGGUCUGAUUCUAUGUCCAACGUCCACGCGUCUCAUCAUUGAUUUAUAUAUAGACUGACUGGAGGUGCUGUUUUGAAGCCACCCCGCCUCCAUCUUGGCACUCCCCUAACGUUAAACAAAUAAUAUAUAAUAAUAAUAUUCCAUUUAGCAGACGCUUUUAUCCAAAGCGACUUACAGUCAUGCGUGCAUACAUUUUUACGUAUGGGAAAUAUUUUGGAAGCUGUAGAAAAUGCAUUUAUUCAUGUCUACAUUUGUUAUGCCACGUUUGUUCUAUUAGACACUUUAAUGUAAGCUAAACAUGAAACAAACAUAUAUAUAUAUAUAUAUAUAUAUAUAUAUAGAAACAUUUCGUUUUAAUGUUACUGUCCCCACUACAACAACAAAAUUCUUAAAUACAUGUAAUUUUGUCCUUGAAACAUUUAAUUGAAUUACUGUAGAAUUACAUUAAUUCCUAUGGAGGACAGCUUCUUCUGGGUAGUGCCAAUAUGGCUAACCGGUGGCUCAAAGCCACUUAUUGGCCAAUACAUAGCAUCAGCAAUUCAAGGUUUAUAUAUACAUCAUUGCUAUUAAUCUGUCACUGCAAAGUGAAACAGACAUGUGGAUAAAUAAAUGGAAACUGGUCUCUGGUUGCUAUGUCAGUGAGUGGUCAACAAAAGCACAGUUUUUAUACUCUGAUGAUUUAGAGGAAAACAUAGCUCAAUGUAAAACCACGUUUGGGCUAUGUGUUUUCUCGGCUGUACUUGUCACUUUAAACAGGUGUUUAUGUUAAAGUGUAUCAAUGGAAUAAUUGUGAAUUUGGCCAAAACGACAGGUAACUGCCAAAAUAAAGGAAACACCAACAUAGUGUCUUAAUAGGGUGUUGGGCCACCAUGAGCCGCUAGAACAGCUUCAAUGCGCCUUGGCAUAGAUUCUACAAGUGUCUGGAACUCUAUUGGAGGGAUGCGACACCGUUCUUCCACAAGAAAUACCAUAAUUUGGUGUUGUUGAUGGUGGUGUAACGUGUUCAUUGCGCUUAGAAUCUCCAUAGUGUUCAAUUGGAUUGAGACUACAUAUUACAACACACACCCUUUCAAACCCUCUACCAUGCUAUUUGCGGACCCCUCUUUCAAGUCCGCCCGGCUCCGUCGUCGGCUACGACGGUGGAUUAAGCCAGGAUUCUGGGCCAAGCUGAUGGAUAUUUCUUACCACAUGCCCUAGACUAACUUGCUAGGUGGCGAUGUCCUAAUUCUUGAUUAAUCUGACAGAACACACCACAAACCCCUUUAGCCCUAGCUAUUUGAGACAUUCAAAGUCACUGAACUCUCCUUUCUUGUAGCAAAAAUGCCAACUGGAAACACAUACUGUGAUGGAUGUUAAUUGCUUAAUUAUCUCAGAAAACCACACCUGUGCUCACUAGCUCACAAGAACAAUCAAAUACUAACUCUCCUUUCUUAGACAAAAUCCAUGGAACAAUCUGUGUGGAUGGAUUUAUGCUACAUAUAAAAUCGAACACGCACACACAUUAUCACACAUGUACUGCUGCUACUUUACAUUUUUACAUUUACAUCAUUUAGCAGACGCUCUUAUCCAGAGCGACUUACAAAUUGGUGCAAUCAACUUAUGAUAGCCAGUGGGACAACCACUUUUUUUUUUUAUGGGGGGGGUGGGGGUAGAAGGAUGACUUUAUACUAUUCCAGGUAUUCCUUAAAGAGGAAUACUUUCUCUAUCCGAUGCCUAUUCACUUUACCCAUGUCUACAUGUACAUAUCUACCUUAAUUACCAUGUAUCCCUGCACAUUGAUAUGGUGUUGGUAAUCCUUGUAUAUGGCUUUAUUCUUGUUUUAUUUCUUGUGCUUUUUUCAUUUGUCUUAUUUAACUCUGCAUCGUUGGGAAAGAGCUUGUAAGUAAGCAUUUCACUGUAAGGUCUACAGCUGUUGUAUUUGGUGCAUUUGACAAAUACAAUUUGAUUUGAUCUAAGAAGUUAACUUUUCCCUUUUAUCGAGCGAUUCAUUUAUGCUUUAUUCUAGAUAGGAUUUUGCAACAAAUUCAAGCCAUUGAUCAACUGAUUCAGCCUUAAAGAUACAUAAAUGCAGUCAUUUUUAGUUAGAUUAGGUUUUUGCAAGUUAACUCACUUUGGACAUUUUUUAGUUAUAACCUAAUCUCCAGUAAUAGCACUUUGAGGUACUAAAUCAUUCUUCAACACUAUUGAUACCAGAGGGUAAAUUGUUCAAAUCAAAUGUCUGCAUAAGCAUCCACUAUGCCUUUACCUUUUCAGUUUAGUAGUAGUGACACCACAACUGAAUAUUUCAUGUUUCAAACCCUCUCUCCUUUACUCAUCCCUCGGUCGUUCUCUCCUUAUUCACUGUAUCCUGAUCCUGGAUGCUAAUUGUUUGAACAGAGAAGAGGUGUAGUCAGUGGCGACUCCAGCCAUGUUUCUCAUCCCUCUCUCCCCUUCUCCCUAUCUUCUGUCCUCAGGUUAUUGACUGAGGUCCCAAAGUGUCUCCAGCCAUGUCUGUCAGAGAGUCAUUUAACCCAGAGAGCUACGAGCUAGACAAGAGCUUCAGACUCACACGCUUCACUGAGCUCAAAGGAACGGGCUGCAAGGUGGGUUUUUCUACACCCCUGGUGUUGUGAACAGAGCGUUAUUAGGGUACAUCAAAGACUGGCUACUGGUAUAAUGGCAGUGAAUAGAAUGUUAUUGUCCACUUAGUCUUUGCUGCUUCCGAAUGUUUCCUUGCUGUGUCUCUAGCUUCAACCUUAAAUCAUGUUUGGGAGCAAUGAAUAGACAUUUACUUUAUUUUUUAAACUAUACAAUGUAAAGUGUGGUGAGUUUGAGAAAAGCACUACAAAUGCAACACAUUAGGAUGAUGAUUAUGCUUGACUUGUAGUUCUAAGGUAAUCUGCUUGUUAUUCAAUAGGUGCCCCAAGAUGUGCUACAGAAGCUUCUAGAAGCCCUGCAGGAGAACCACUAUCAAGAGGAUGAACAGUUCCUUGGGGCCGUCAUGCCCAGACUUGGUAUGAACACACACACACACACACACACACUUUAUUCACAUCCAUUCUUCAGAUAACUUUUACAGUUUAAUAAUAACUCUGUUCUUUGCAGGCAUUGGUAUGGACACCUGUGUCAUCCCCCUCAGACAUGGGGGCCUUUCUCUAGUCCAGACGACAGACUACAUCUACCCAAUAGUGGACGACCCCUAUAUGAUGGUGGGUUCUCAUUCUGUACCCCUCUUUGUGUUAAUGUUUUCAGGUAUACCUCACAUGCUUUAGGUCCUAUGAGUAUCGUAUAGAUUGAGUAGUUACUGAGAGCUUUGGACUGGAGUCGUUUCUUUCACCUUGAGCAGAGUACAUGUUAUCUUCAUUCAUAUCUACAGUAAAUCAUGUCAAUAAUGCCUUCUUUAUACCUGUCUGUGUCUAUAGGGGCGAAUUGCGUGUGCCAAUGUUCUAAGUGACCUGUACGCCAUGGGAGUGACGGAAUGUGACAACAUGUUGAUGCUACUGGGGAUCAGUAACAAACUGUCAGAAAAGGUGCAUGGCGAUACACACACACACACCAAUGUGUAGCACCCAGCCACUAAAUAGUCCCUCCCCUGUCUCUGUGUCCCUGUCAGGAGCGGGACAAGGUGAUGCCUCUAAUCAUCCAGGGGUUCAAAGAUGCAUCGGAGGAAGCAGGCACAUCUGUGACGGGGGGACAGACUGUUCUUAACCCCUGGGUGGUCCUGGGGGGGGUGGCCACCACCGUCUGUCAACCCAACGAGUUUAUCAUGUAAGAACCCUCUACUCACAGACAGCUACCCUCCUGUCUUUCACUCUUUUGGGGAUUUCACUGUUAUUCAGAUCUCUCUCUCGCUCUCUCUCUGAGCCUCUAAACUCUAAUUGCUUUGAUCAUGUGAGCCAUGUUCUGUGUUGUGAUAGUAAUGAUAGCUAUGGUGAUGAUGUGAUGUCUUCCAGGCCAGACAACGCAGUGCCAGGAGAUGUGUUGAUUCUCACCAAACCUCUGGGGACUCAGGUGGCUGUGGCAGUACACCAGUGGCUGGACAUUGUAAGUCUCAACACACUAACCUCUCCUUUGAUUUACUGUAUUGUAACUUAAACACUAAAAUGUCAAUGUAAUGAACAAGGCAUCUGUAUCCGUCAAAAAUAUCAACCUGUACAGGACAGUUGGACCCAAUCAAAGCUUUAUCAGUCGUUGCCGUGCCUCAAAAGUGGUCUAAAGUCAUGUGUAUAUGUGUCUGUCCCUCAGCCUGACAAGUGGAAUAAGAUCAAGCUGGUGGUGACUCAAGAGGAUGUAGAGCUAGCUUAUCAGGAAGCUAUGAUGAACAUGGCCCGGCUCAACAGGACAGGUACACACACAGCCUGACUCAACAGAACAAGUGCCUGUCCUCAAGUAGUUCUCCCCCUUCUCUCUUUUCCUUCUCUCCUGUCUAACUUCUACCAUUGUUUGGACCAAUGUAAUGUGAAUAUUGAUGUCGUUUUUGUUUUUCUCUCUCCAGCGGCGGGUCUGAUGCACACCUUCAACGCUCACGCCGCCACUGACAUCACUGGCUUCGGGAUUCUGGGCCACGCCCAGACAUUGGCACGGCAACAGCGUAGCGAGGUCUCGUUCGUCAUUCACAACCUCCCUGUGCUCGCCAAGAUGGCCGCUGUGUCCAAGGCCUGCGGGAACAUGUUCGGACUCAUGCACGGCACCUGCCCCGAGACAUCAGGUGCGUGUAUGUUUGUGUGUCUCUGGCCGUGCAUGUGUUUUUGUCGGUCUGUUGUCUAAGUUCUCUCACCUCUCUUUCACACACAUACUCAUCAGCCACCUCUGUCUCUAUCUAUAGGGGGUCUGUUGAUCUGUCUUCCCAGGGAGCAGGCAGCUCGUUUCUGUGCUGAGAUCAAAUCUCCUAAAUACGGCGAAGGCCACCAGGCUUGGAUCAUCGGCAUUGUGGAGAAGGGCAACCGCACCGCCCGCAUCAUCGACAAACCACGAAUCAUCGAGGUCGCUCCUCAGCUCUCCACACAGAAUGUCAACCCCACACCCGGCGCAACCUCAUAAUACCUCCCCCCUGCAAUGCAGACCGGAACCACAGAGCUCGGCCGAGUUUUUUUUUGACUCAUUCUAGAAAACCAUCCUAGAGUGUGUCAAAUGUAUACACGUACACUACCGUUCAAAAGUUUGGGGUCACUUAGAAAU